UACAACCCCACGUACGUUUCCCAGUUCAAACUCUCCAAACCCUCCCCCUCCUCCUUUAGUAGGUAGAUCCCAUACAUACAGCAAGAGACACAGAUACAGAGAGAGAGAGAGAGAGAGAGAGAGAGAGAGGAGUCGAAGAUGGUGGCGAAGACUCCGACGAAGGCGAAGCGAAUCGCCGCGGCCGCGGCCGCGGCCGCUCUCAAUCCGAAUCUCGUCAGAGAGACACUGAAAAAGGUGGAUCGGUGCGUGGCGCGGCUGCAGGAGCUCCAGUACACGGUCGCAGGCGGGGCCAAAGUCGUCGCCGGCGUCAACCUCAGCCCCCGCAGCACCCGCGGAUACCUCCGGACCAGCCUCCGCUGCAAGCAGGAAACCCUGAGGAUGAGGACCACCACAUCCGCAUCCGCUAAGAAAUCCCCACCCGGGAAAUUCCAAUGCUCAAUUAACGGGGAGUGGCGCCGAAUGUCCCUACCUGCCAUGCUAAUAGGAGAGACUGUGGUGGAGAUCCUACAAGCCACCGAAUUUGCGAAAAAAGUCGUCGCCGCCGCCGCUGUCGCCGCAGCAACGAAGGUCGCAGGCGGCGACCCGAAAACCCCUCACACGAAGAAAAGGAGCAGCUGCAAUCCGCCGGCCGAGUCGACCCCCCUCCGGUCUCGGCGGAUGAGGGAGAAGCAAUCCCUCCGCCGGGCCGCCCGAUCGGAGUCCUCCGCCGCCGGGGGCUCCUCCCCGCCCCUCCACCGCGCCCGGGUCCGCAUCCGGUUCAAGCCAGACUCCCCCCCGCGGCCGUCUGUAGCUGCGAACCGGGUCUCGCCGAGAAACCGGCCGUGGGCGCGGAAGGCGGUGCUCUUCCCCAACCCUCUCUUCCUCCCCAACUCUUCUACUUCCCCCUCCUCGUCAUCACACAAGCAGAGGUUCUACAAGACCAGGUCCCCCAUCAUUGGCACCACUGCGGCUGCUAGGAGGAAGAAGGAAUUUCAACAAACACCUCAUAAGUUUGCGAUCAAGUCGCCGCCGGGGAAGUCGCUGCAGUCGCAUCUCGCGUCGAAGAAGGCGGUCCCCGCAGCGGCCCUCAGAUCGCCCCCGCUGCGGGCCCGGCGGUGCUCGUUCUCGCCGUCGAAGCUGGCGAGUCGGUUGGUGUCUCCACUGAGAACAAGGAUGAUGGUUGCUGUUCGGCGGAGUAGUGAGGGGUUGAAGCAGAGGCCUAUUUUUAGCACUCCUGUGAGGGUUUCUUCAAGCAGGGGAGGGGGUUCUGAGCUUCGCGGGAGAGCAGAAAAUAAGUUCCGGUGAAAGCGGAGAGUUCUGUUGUUUGGUUUGACGAAAGUGGUAUAAAGUGGCAUAAAAAGGUGGCGGGAGUAUUUGGACGGUAACCAUCAUAUUUGAUUUGAUAUAAGGGAGAGGAGAAAUAAGUUUCGGCAAAAAUGUAAGUUCUGAUAUUUGGUCUGAUGAAAGUAAGUUAAAGUGACGAAGUUGCGGUUUCGACGAACCCUCACUUCACCUGCGAAUAACUAACUGUGAAAUGGCUGCGAAGCCGUCUUCCUCUGCAGAUGAAUAUUGAGAGGCACCAAACAGAGCUCUGAAUGGAUGUCUUUGUACAUGUUUUGGAUGAUUCUUUAUUAAUGUUGUGUUGAUGGGUACUUAUGUUUACAGAAAUCAAAUCAAUUAGACAA